GUGAAUCAGAUGUUAAUGUUUUGCAUUUCUGUUGAUAUCGUAUACCUGCCACCAGCAAUACAAACAUUGAAUAAAUUUGAAAUAGGUAUUUGAAAUUAGAUAAAUUUAAUAAAAUACUGUAAAUAUAAGUUUCAAAAUAUGGAGUAUGUCGACGAAAACAUUCCAAAAUCUUCAGGAUUUUAUCGAUGUCCAGAUGACAUUAAAUAUUUUAAAGUAAAGAUAAAAAUAAUACAACUAACAGAAGAUAAAACAAAUAACGAAAGAAUGAUUGAAAAGGAGUUUUCGUGGCAAGAAAAGCAGUUUAGUGAAGCACAAAAGCACUUUUAUGGAGAUGAAAAGAAUUGUUUAACUGAAACUGAAAAAGAAUUUCACAAAUUAGUUAAUGAAUUAGAUGAAUCCAAAGAAAACGAUAUUUUGUUUUCUUAUAUAAAUUUGGAAGAAGAGAUUUAUCAGAAAUUACAAACGACUAACAGAAUUAAUUAUUUAGAAAAUGCAAUAGAGCGCUUGGAAAUGGAACAUUGUUUAGAUGACAAUGAGUAUAAUUUUCACAAAAGUCUUCAGAAAUCGAUGGAUUUUCCAGUUCUUACAGAAAGAACAGAGACUAUGUUAUUAAUGCUAGAUCUAGGCAAUUACUCCGAAAAUACAGGACUAAAAAACGAGAAAAUCUUGUGCUCGAUUAAAUACAAUCCCGACACGAAACUUUUAACGGUUUUUCCCGAUUUUACAACUACCCAACCGUACUUUCUCAGGACCGACGUUAGAGAUGAUCGAAAUUUUUGUUAUUUCAUCGAGCACAGUUCCAAACCGAUUCCGGAAUCGAUAGAAGUUAAUGAGAAAACUUUAAUUAAAAAAAUAAAUGACUACAGAAAAUUUACCACCAGCCAUAUUCUAAGGAAGCCCUUCGAACUUCCGCCCAAAAAUAAAUUGUUCGUGUUUGUUUUCCUCGAAAUAGUAUCGGGAAAAAAAUUCGAGUAUCCCAAUGUUUACGUCCAGUAUUUUAUCGAUUUGCCGGACCGCUGGUUCUGUCCAAAUCCCGAACUUUUGAGGGGCCGGACGCAAAUUUGCAAAGCAAUUAAUCAGGACGGAUUGCUACAUUUCGGCCAUUGCGUAGAACUUACUUUGGAGUACAAUUUUUUAAGCGUAUCAGGAACAGAAUUCAUAAAACCGCCCUACAUAUAUUUCGAAGUUAUUUCGAAGGAUUGGUGGGAUCGAUACCGAACAGAAGGCCUCACUUACAGAAAUUUACCCAUAUGCACGUCUGGUACAUUCGGCUACAAUUUGAAUUGCUUCCGAUUCACAUCCAGAGAUCCGGGCGGCGAGAUGCGACGCUAUUUUCUAGGCGACUGUCAGAAUUACGAUGACGUGACGUGGAUUGGCUUGCCGACCGAUUAUAACGAAAAAGUGUUAAAUAAAUACGGUACAGAGACUAUCGGUACCGGACAACUGGACAUCCGUCUUAACCUGGUGCACCAGUCGCAAGCCUUCUUGGAGGAGGACCGCCUCGACGCGGACAAGUUGCACCAUCAUCGAAGAAAAAUGAUUUCCGAGAAACUAGAAUCGUCGGCUUUGAUUAAAAGCGUCGAACAGGUCAUACGAGAAUUCAAAAAGGCAAAGAAACACUUAUUGGAAGUAAGAGAAAACGUCGCUCAUCAUUCCCGUUCCUAAUUGAUCGUUUGAUCAUAAAAAUGUCAUUCUGAUUUUUAUUGACAAUUAAUUAUGUGGAUCUGAACGAUGAACGAUUAAUUAAAUAUAUACAUUUUAAGUAAUA